GCAGGCCGCCACGUCCGAGAGUUCGAGGAGGCGAUGACGCUGCUAAAGAAGCGGGCCAAGGGCAAAAAGGGCCAAGACACGGACCUGGGGUUCCGAAGGCUCCUGGAGGACCAAUACGCCUACGAGGCCCUUGAAUGGGAGAGAACUGCUGCUUUGGACGAGUGCCAGAGGCUUACAGAGGAGAUGGCCAUACUCGCUGACGCAGCCCGACGUGCAGGAGAGUUUGACCGCCACCUCCGACACCUUCUAUCGCAGAUACGCGAGGCAACUCCCGAGGAGUGCAGGACUCUUGCAGACGGGCAAACUCUGAAGAAGCUGGCGAAGGAGCAGGCCGAGGGCGAGGCCGAAGCCUGUGCGCAGUGUGAGGCGUUGGCUGCCAGAGGUGGUGAAAUGAAGGAGGCAUGGCGCCUUCUUUCACUGACAUGGGCUUCCAUGAAGAUCACCUCAAGGCCUGAUAGCACCUCGCGGACCUAUGCUGAUGCGGCUCCCAAAAAGGCUUCGUCUUCGUCUUCGUGA